UUCAUUGAUCUGGCAGCGCCGACCUGUUCGACGUACACAAACGUAGGCCAGUUAUUAAAUUGAAAUUAUUGUUAUUAAAAAAAUUAAUUUGUACAAAAUGAUGGACGGCACGGAUGAAUCAAACAUAUUGAAUAGUCCCGCUACCAAUAAUGGUGGUACAAUGGAAAUUUCGUCACCAAAUCCAUUGGCUCCAGCAACAGCAACAAAUGGAAGCGGAAGUGCGACUUCGCCUGACAGCUCAUCGUCGGCACCUGUAACACCUGCUGCAUUAGGUGAAAAUGCGCUGCAUGUUGAAAUCUCUGAUGCACUCAGUGAAAAGGAAAAGGUAAAAUUUACCGUGCACACACGCACCACACUGCCUGGCUUCGCUAAGAAGGAUAAUAAUGUCGUGCGCCAGCAUGAAGAGUUCGUUUGGCUGCACGAUCGCAUCGAGGAGAAUGAAGACUAUGCGGGCUACAUAAUUCCGCCGUGUCCGCCACGACCCGAUUUCGAUGCAUCGCGCGAGAAGCUACAGCGUCUGGGCGAAGGCGAGGGCAAUAUGACCAAAGAAGAGUUCAAAAAAAUGAAAUCCGAAUUGGAGGCAGAGUAUCUGGCCACAUUCAAGAAAACGGUUGCCAUGCAUGAAGUAUUUUUACGUCGUUUGGCCAGUCAUCCCGUUUUUCGUAUCGAUCAGCAUCUAAAGGUAUUUUUGGAAUACGAUCAAGAUCUGUGCGCCAAGCCACGCAAGAAGAUGGCCAUCUUUGGUGGCUUCGUUAAAUCUUUAGGCAAGACCACAGAUGAGAUAUUGCUGAGCGCAACUGUUCGUGAUGUGAAUGAUUUCUUUGAGAACGAGCUGCAGUUCCUUACCGAAUACCAUGGCCAUUUACGUGAGGCAGCUUCGCGCACUGAGAAGAUGACGCAGCGCCACAAAGAUGUGGGCUAUUCGCAUCAGAAGAUAUCGAAUGCACUCACAGAGCUCUCUACAACAGAAAAAGGGAAUAUGGAAACUUUUGUGGCCAAGUCUGCGGAGGUGUUUGAACGCAUAAAGAAUCUGGAGACGCGCGUGGCAAGCGAUCAGGAUUUAAAGCUCGGCGACACUUUGCGCUAUUAUCAGCGCGACAGCAAUGCAGCAAAGGCUUUAUUGAUACGUCGCCUACGUUGUUUGGCCGCCUAUGAGACAGCCAAUCGUAACUUGGAGAAGGCGCGUUCUAAGAACAAGGAUGUUCAUGCGCCGUUGGAGGUGCAAGAGGCUGAAACUGCUCAAGCUGAGGCUUGUGAGAAGUUUGAGUCCAUGUCCGCCUGCGGCAAGGAAGAGCUGAUUGGUUUUCGCAAUAGACGCGUGGCUGCUUUUAAAAAGAGUCUCGUGGAGCUAUCCGAUCUGGAGAUCAAGCAUGCUAAAAGCCAAUAUGAUUAUCUGCGUCAGUCGCUGCUGGCCCUUAAGGAAAUCGCCUGAAAAGCUGAAGCUUUCUUUCAUCAUUUGCACACAUUGUUUACACACACCACAAAUUAUUAGCCAAGGCCCCCUCCAAGGAGUAAAUCAAUUGGUUUUUGCUAAGCAAACAGUUUUAUUAUCUCUUAUUAACUACAA